GUCAGAACUGUUGUUAGCCUUGUACAAUCAAUACAACCAUGUACAAGGGGAGAUUCUGCACUGUUGGUGGAGUUAAGGCUCAGGUUGGAUAUGUUGAAACUGAUCCAUCUGGUCGAUAUGGGCGUUUCAGGGAUAUUCUGGGCAAAGGAGCUAUGAAGACUGUGUAUAGAGCAUUUGAUGAGUUACUAGGGAUUGAAGUGGCUUGGAACCAAGUCAAGCUCGGUGAUGUCUGUCAUUCACCAGAGCAACUUCAGCGUCUUUAUUCAGAGGUUCAUCUCCUCAAGCACCUCGACCAUAAAUCUAUGAUGAUCUUCUAUGGUUCAUGGAUCGACGUUUAUAGCAGAACCUUCAACUUCAUCACUGAAUUGUUCACCUCUGGCACCCUUAGAGAGUAUAGGCAGAAGUAUAAGAGAGUAGAUAUCCGAGCAGUGAAGAAUUGGACUCGCCAGAUUCUAAGUGGUUUGGAGUAUUUACAUAACAAUAAUCCUCCUGUAAUACACAGAGACCUCAAGUGUGAUAAUAUCUUUGUUAAUGGCCAUCUGGGGCAAGUCAAGAUUGGUGAUUUGGGUCUUGCAGCUAUACUUCGUAGCUCCCAACUUGCCCAUAGUGUCAUAGGUACACCAGAAUUUAUGGCACCAGAACUAUAUGAAGAGAAAUACAAUGAGCUGGUAGACAUAUACUCCUUUGGGAUGUGUAUGAUAGAGAUGCUUACUUUUGAGUUCCCAUAUAGUGAGUGUUCCAACCCAGCUCAAAUAUACAAAAAAGUUACUUCGGGGAAGUUACCAGAUGCAUUUUACAGAAUCCAACAUUUGGAAGCAAAGAGGUUCGUGGGAAGAUGUUUAGUACAUGUCUCAAAAAGACCACCAGCAAAGGAGCUUUUGUUGGACCCAUUUUUAGCCACGGACCAACUUGAAUCAAUAUUGCCAAUCUCAAUAUUAUCUACAAAUCAAACUCCAAAGCUUAUUUCCAAUGAAUUUGUUAUCACUGAGCAACUUUCAAUGGGUGAUGAUCAGGGAAAGAGCACAGAUAUGACAAUCACUGGGUCAAUAAAUGAACAGGAUAACACAGUUUUCCUUAAAGUGAAGAUACCUGACAAAAAUGGGCAUACAAGAAAUAUAUUAUUUCCAUUUGACACAAAAAAAGACAAUGCUAUUGAGGUAGCAAAGGAGAUGGUUGAAGAACUUGAAAUUAAACACUUGGAACUAUUGGAGAUUGCUGCAAUGAUAGACCAUGAGAUAUCAGCUUUAGUUCCAAGUUAUAGGGAUCGGGGUACUUGUCAGCAACAACGACAGGACAGCUUUAACUAUGAAGAAGAUGCGGAUGUCAAUAAUCAUCAUCCUCUUUUCUUAUCAUCUUCUCCAUCUUCCUCUCAGUGUUCUCUUCCCAUGUGUGGUUCCUCCUCCAAGAUGUACUCUCUUGGGAACCAUCACCCGUUUACUCAAGAAAGGCCAAAAGAAGAUCUAAUUAUGAAUGACAAUGCAAGCUCUCUAAGCUCAAUGAACUCUUACAAGUGUUCCAAUUUCCAAUACUGCGACUCAUGCAAUGAUGAGCAUGUCCCAAGAGUAGUAGUAGAUGAAACUGAACGCAACAAGUGCACAAGAUUAUGCCGUGGGGAAGAGGCAGAAGCUAGUUUCCCCAAACAGUUUUUGUACCCCGGAAUGGACUCUUGCGGUUGCAGAUGUAGUGGUUCAAGCCAUGGAAGGUCGAGGUUUACGAGGUUUCGUUCGUGCGUGGAGCGAAUGAACCAUCAUUCGCUAAUAAUGGAUGAGAUAUACAAGACACGGAUGUUCAACACGGUUGGGGCCAUGGAGAACAUUGGGUUCUAUUACCAUCCAGAGAGAGGUGGAUGCUUUCCUCGUUGAAGCUCAAUAUAAAAUAAGAAGCUCCUAUUUUAUUUUUUACUUUUGGGUGUUCUUUGUUGCUUUUUUUUUAUAUAUAUAUAUCUCCACCAAUUUAUCGAAUGCUCGACUAAUAAAGUUUGAGUAGUACCGGACCCAUUAUAGGG